AUGCCGACCCAGCUUGUCCAGGCGGCCGUCAUAUGCGGUAUAACCUGGAUGCUAUGGAGGUUCUGUCGCCAGUGGGUCGUCAAGUCUUCUCUGGACAACAUCCCGGGCCCGUCGUCGAACUCAUGGGUCUAUGGCAACCUAUCACAGUUGCUCGCGCUGGACUCGUGGCCAUUCCACAAUCAUCUUCUGGAGAAUUAUCCCGGCAUCGCAUCACUUAAGGGUUCGUUCGGAUCGAAAAUCCUGUACGUCUUCGAGCCGAGCGCCCUCCACCACGUCUUCGUCAAAGACCAGUACAUCUACGAUGAGGGACAGUUCUUCUUCAGGAGCAACGAGCUUCUCCUGGGCAAAGGCCUUCUCGCAACCUGGGGUGACCACCACCGCAAACAGCGCAAGAUGCUCAACCCGGUGUUCUCGCCGAAGCACAUGCGGCACAUGGUGCCCAUCUUCUACGACGUCGGACGUCUCCUCGUUCGUGCCAUCGACGAGCGCGUCCGCGCGGGUGCCGCAGAGCUCGACAUCAACGAAUGGAUGGGCCGCACCGCGCUCGAGUUCGUCGGGCAGGCCGGGCUCGGCUAUUCGUUCGACCCGCUCGUUAACGACAAAGCGGACGAGUUUGCGUCCAGCUUGAAGUCGUUCAGCGGUGCCCUGGCGAAGGCCGCGAUCCCCAGGCGCAUCCUACCGUAUCUCCCUAGAAUUCAAGGGCCGUUUGCGGGCUUGGGCCGCUGGCUCAUGAGCAAGGUCCCACACGAUGGCGUGCAGACGCUGGUCGCGCUCGCGGACAAGCUGUGGGGACGGUCGACCGAUAUCUACUCGAACAAGAAGGUGGCGCUUGAGCGCGGGGAGUCCCUCGGGGAGCGGGUAGGGGACGGGAAGGAUAUCAUGAGCACUCUGCUGAAGGCAAACAUGGAGGCCUCCGGAGAAGACAAGCUCGCGGAAGAGGAGCUGAUUGGGCAGAUGGGCACCCUCAUUCUGGCAGCAGUGGACACGACUUCCAACGCGCUGUCCCUCAUCAUGACGCGUCUCGCCGAGCACCCGGACGUACAGCAGAAGCUCCGCGAGGAGAUCCUCAGUGCUGGCGCAGACAGAGGCCUCGACUUCGACGCGCUCAUGGGCCUCCCGUUGCUGGAAGCGGUCUGUCGCGAGACCCUGAGAAUGUACGUCCUAUCAUAUUCUUUUCGGCACGCAGUUCGCUCACACGAUGUCGUGCUUCCGCUCUCCCAGCCGAUCCGCGGGCGUGACGGCUCGAUGAUCCACGAGAUCCACGUGCCGAAGGACACAGUGGUCGUCGCGGGACUGCUCAACUGCAACCGUAACAAGGCCAUUUGGGGCGAGGACGCCUACGAGUGGAAGCCUGAGCGGUUCCUCUCGCCGCUCCCGUCCACUGUCACUGAGGCGAAGAUUCCUGGCGUUUACUCGAAUUUGAUGACCUUCCUCGCCGGAGGACGCGCUUGCAUUGGCUUCAAGUUCUCGCAGCUGGAGAUGAAGGUCAUUCUGUCCCUCCUCCUGUCCAAGUUCACUUUCGAGAAGACGGCGCAACCGAUCAUCUGGAACAUGGCAGGCGUCCGCUACCCGUCCGUUGGGAAGUACGGCGGGAAGGCCUCGCUACCUAUGAAGGUCAGCCUUUAUAAGGGCGCCGGCAUUUGA